UUUCUUAUCCUCUUUUCUUCCCCUCCCUCCUUCUCCUCCUAAGUCGGGCUUGGGAUCUCUCUAGUGGAUUGCUGAUUAACCUGCAUAGAUGAUUGAUGAUUAACUGGACGAGGGUAUGAAUUCGGGGGCUCCUGAGAGCGAAUGUCACUGAAGACUAAUCCUCAGAUUAGUCUUAACAUCAACCAGUGGAUUUCCUGUGAUUGGACGUUUCGGACUCCUCUAAACUGGGUUUGCAAAUACUGAAAUGUAUUUUUAGUUGUUAAUAAUACUACUUUUGAGCCAUUUUGCAGUGAUAUGCAAUUACAGAAGGUGGACUUUGGUGAAUGAGUGUGAGUUUGAGUGUGGACAGCUCUGAAACAUCUAUUUGCAGCUGCUGUUUUCUCUUGGGAGGAAUAAAGAAGUAUAGUAGGGGUAUUAUUGGUAUAGUGUGUGCUCCUAUAGAGUGUAUAGCUGUAUUUGGAAGAGUCAGAUAAGGGAGGUAGUUUGUAUGUGUGUGUGAGAGCUUCUGACUGUUCAUCAUGGAAAGUUUUGACCUAGAGAAGAAAGAGAAGCGCUACUGUAUCCGGGGCAAGCAUGCUGUUAUCAUCUGUGUGGUCAUCAUAGUAACUGGUGUUGCUGUGGGGCUUGGGGUGGGCCUGAGCCUGAACAACUCAGACGAGGAGACCCCGACGACAGCAACCACAUCAACAACCACUCCAACACCCACGACAUCUCCUGAUAGGGGUCCCUGCAAACCCUCCACCAGCACCAACGGUGACUGGACCAACUUUCGCCUGCCUGACCACAUCAUCCCAUUCCACUAUGACCUGCACAUGGAGCCUGACAUGGUCGAGGACACCUACACUGGCAGAGUGUCCAUUCAGUUCAACCUGACCAAGCCCAGCACACACAUUUGGCUCCACAUCCGAGAGACCUUCGUCACAGCUGUGCCUACCCUUACUAUCAAUGAGUUUGAUGGAUUCAGCCGUGUUGUUGAAGUGAAAGGAUGCUUUGAAUACACCCCGCAGGAGUAUUUGGUGGUGGAGGCCACAGAGCAGCUGAAUGCCACAGAUUUUCAUGAGUACUACACCCUCACACUGCACUUCCAGGGAUGGCUCAAUGGCUCGCUGGUCGGAUUCUACAAGACAACCUACCAGGAGGGAGGAGAGACCAGAAAAAUUGCAGCCACAGACCACGAGCCCACCGACGCUCGUAAAUCUUUCCCCUGCUUUGAUGAGCCAAACAAAAAAGCCACGUACAACAUCUCCAUCACCCACGACGUGCUCUACCAAGCAAUGUCCAACAUGCCAGUGGAGAAAACAGAGACCCUUCCUGAUGGGAAGGUCAAAACCAUUUUUAUGAAAUCAGUCAAGAUGAGCACCUACUUAGUGUGUUUUGCUGUGCAUCGUUUUGAGUUUGUUGAGCGGAUUUCUGAAAGUGGAAUUCCACUGAGGAUCUAUGCUCAGCCCUCACAGAUCCACACUGCUUAUUAUGCAGCAAAUGUCUCUAAAGUGAUUUUUGACUAUUUUGAACAGUACUUUGACAUGAAAUACUCCAUACCCAAGCUUGAUCAGAUAGCAAUCCCAGACUUUGGGACAGGAGCCAUGGAGAACUGGGGUCUGGUCACCUACAGAGAGACCAACCUGCUGUAUGAUGAGCAGGAGUCUUCCUCUUACAACAAGCAACGUGUGGCCAGUGUCAUCUCCCAUGAGCUUGUGCAUCAGUGGUUUGGGAAUAUUGUCACCAUGGACUGGUGGGAUGACCUGUGGCUGAAUGAGGGAUUUGCCAGCUUCUUUGAAUAUGUGGGAGUGGAAAAGGCUGAGCCUGAUUGGGGAAUGCGUGACAUCAUGCUUCUUGAUGAUGUAUUUCCUGUUAUGGUUGAUGAUGCACUCCUCUCCUCUCAUCCUAUCAUCGUGGAAGUGUCCACCCCAGCUGAGAUCACCUCUGUUUUUGAUGCCAUUUCAUACAGCAAGGGAUCGUCUAUUUUAAGGAUGCUGGAGAGUUGGAUUGGUCAAGACACCUUUAGAGAUGGCUGUCGGAAAUAUCUAAAAGACUUCCAGUUCCAGAAUGCCAAAACAUCAGAUUUUUGGAAAGCCCAGGCUGAGGUCAGUAAAGAAGCUGUAGAAAUAGUUAUGGAUACGUGGACCAAACAGAUGGGCUACCCAGUGCUGAACUUGGCCAGCACAGACACAGUAGCUAAACUCACCCAGCAGAGAUUUCUCCUGGACCCAAUUGCUGACCCCAGUCAGCCUAGCACUCCUCUGGGCUACAAAUGGACCAUUCCUGUUGAAUGGUACUCUCUGAAUACCAGUAAGAACAGCACCAUUGAUUUUGAUGAAUCAGAGUCUGAGUUAGUCAUUGCAGGCUACUCGCCUUCUACUGACGGACUCAUUAAAGUAAACAAAGACCACAUGGGCUUUUACCGUGUCAAUCACAAUGACGACAUGUGGAGUUCUAUCAGUCAGCAGCUGCUGGAAAACCACCUGGUGUUCACUGCAGCAGACCGAAGUGGUUAUAUUGAUGAUGUGUUCGCUUUAGCAAGGGCUGAUAAAGUGAAUUAUGGGAAUGCAUUCAACUUAACCAAAUACCUGGCCAACGAGACAAGCUACAUUGUGUGGUCCCGCCUCUCUUCUUCUAUAGCCUAUGUGAGGGACAUGCUGGCAUCAGACUCCGAGCUCUAUCUCAAAUUCCAGAAACUUUUCCGAGAACAUGUACACAAGAUCUCCAGAGAGCUGGGCUGGGAUGAUGUAGGCAGCCAAACAGAUCGUCUGCUGAGGGAGACGGUUCUGGGUAUCGCCUGCCAGAUGGGUGAUGAAGAGAUUCUUACAGAGGCCUCUGCCAUUUUUAAAGACUGGAUUGAUGGAACAGUCAGCAGUGUGGCAGUGAACCUGAGGCUGCUGGUGUAUCGAUACGGUAUGAAGAAUUCAGGAACGGUCGAAAGCUGGGAGAUUAUGUUCCAGAGAUACCUCACCGCCUCGCUCGCACAGGAAAAAGACAAGCUGCUGUAUGGCCUCGCUUCUAUAGAAGACGUUUCACAGCUCAGCAGGUUGCUGGAGGCAACAAAGGAUGAGUCCAUUAUUAGGAGUCAAGAUGUUUUCACCCUGAUUCGAUAUGUAUCCCUGAACAAGUAUGGUGAAAGCAUGGCUUGGGAUUGGGUCACACUUAACUGGGACUACCUAGUUAACAGGUUCACUAUCACAGACAGAAACCUGGGCCGCAUUCUUACCAGAAUCAGUACUUCAUACAACUCGGAGCUGCAGCUGUGGAAGAUGGAACAUUUCUUCGCCCUGAACCCAAACGCUGGAGCAGGAGAGACGCCCAGAAAGCAGGCUUUGGAGACAGUGAAGAAUAACAUUGAGUGGGUGAAACGCAACAAACAAGAGAUCCAGGACUGGCUUGGGAGCAACGUGUCCUCCUAAACACAUCAACAAACUCCACACACUUCAACACACUCACUUCAUCUCUCCACAUCACCUCAUUUGUUUCCUUCCCAGCUUUUACUUCAAUGUGAAGAGACUGAAAUCAACAACCUGUAGUUAAUUCAUCAGGGCCCGAAAAAAACAAGCACUCAACAAGCGCUACAAGCAUUCCGCUGUGUAGUUUUUGAGAUGACAUAUGAAUCAUAUUUACUGAUGAUCUUAUGAUUGUGAAAAAUAAACUGUACAUUGUGUUUUGUUAUAACAUUAUAUUUAAGAUGCUGGAAAGUGUUUGUUAAAGAUGGACUAAACUCAAAUGUUUGGUGUCAAAUUAUUAAAUUAUAAUUAAAAGUGUCAUUGUCAUGCUAUUAUUGUUAAUUUAAUGUAAUAACCUACUAAUCUUGUACAAACGAAACCUGAAUCAAAUUGACUCAAUGUUCACUGUUUAAGAAAAUAAAGAAAACAUUGUAUCAAUAA